AUGUCGUCACCGAAACCGGUGAACCAGGAGCACAUCAAGAGGCCCAUGAACGCCUUCAUGGUGUGGUCGAGAGGACAGAGAAGGAAGAUGGCUCAGGAGAACCCGAAGAUGCACAAUUCCGAGAUCUCGAAGAGGCUGGGGGCCGAGUGGAAGCUGUUGAGUGAGGGGGAGAAGAGGCCGUUCAUCGAUGAGGCUAAGAGAUUGAGGGCCCUCCACAUGAAAGAGCACCCCGACUACAAAUACCGCCCCCGCAGGAAACCCAAACCCCUCAUGAAAAAAGAACCCAAGUACGGCUUCUCCAUCUCCCCCCUCCUUUCCCCCGGUCACCACGACACCGCCCCCUUGCACCGCGCCAUGCUGCCCCCCAGCGGCCUUCCCCACCUCCUCAACCACGAUCCCGACCACCUCAAGCUACCCCGCAGCCUCUUUCCCCCGCUGCCCUACCUCUACCAUCCCUUCAGGCACCCCGACGAGUCCAAGUUGGCUGCGGAGCUGGCGCUGCUCUACAGCAACAACCCCAUCUACCACCCUGGCCUCAACUGGCCCUCCAUGGGCAACCUGCCAGGUAACGGGAUGCCCUGCAACAUUUGCCCUCCCGCUUUCCCGCGUCGUUCCCCCAGCCCCGACGCUGUCAAGAGGCCCGUCUGCGUCAUCAUGAAGAACGACGAGUUCAGGAACAGCGAGGCGCUGCCGGCGCACGUCAUAUGA